GCACUUGACAGUUGUGUUUAAAAAUCUUUUUCCGUUGUUUCAAAACUUUUGUUUACUACAAAAUAUAUUUUCAUUCAAUUAAUGAAAUAAAUAUUCAUUUUCAUUCACUAAAUAAAAAUGUAUGAUUAAUUUCAUUGUUUGAUAACAAAAUAAGUACAGAAUAACACAUACAAUCAAAAUGGUUAUCAAUAAAAAUAUAAAGCAACAGAAGAUAACGAAAAUAUUUCGUAAAGGAUUAACUGUACCAAAACAGUCUGAUCAUCGUGACGAGGAACAUGAAGAGAUUUUAAAGUUGCAACAGGUACUUAAAGGGAAACAGGAUGAGUUAUUCCAGCUGCAAAGGAAUAGUUUUAGAUGUAAAGCAUCACCACCAACAAAGAGAAAACCAGAUCCAUUUGUUAGACCGCAGAAAAUAGUUCUCGCUAAUUCAGUGGCGAGCUUAAAAAGAGAUCUAGAGCUAAUGGCAAUGUUAUCCAGUAUGGAGGUUCAGUCUUAUGUGGCUAAUGACCACUGUAGUAUAAUAUACCACAUGCAGCAUGAUUCCAAAAAUGAAAUCAAACAUGGCCUCAGGAUUGAGAUGAAGCCUGGCGCGAAAGAAGUAUCCAAGUUUUCCCUCCCUCUGGGAUUCAAUUUCGAUGGGGUGAUGGAAGACUUCAACAAUAUAAUGAUGCCAGACUGCCUGGGCGCUAUUAGGAAGGCACUCGUAGCAUAUUAUGAUAGGCUUGAGCAGUAUGAUGCUCUAAAGAGGCUAUUAAAUGUAGAAGCUGAACUUUUCAAGAAAAUUGAUGGCUCCCAUAUAGAGAUAACAUUUGUGGUCAAGAGUAAUGAUCCGGAGGAGGAACAGAUUGGUGUGGUGCUUAUGUUGGAUUAUAGAAUCUAUGAUAUCAGACCAAAAACUUUCAACAUUAGAGAAAUUGACUUACCUGAUGGUGCUGCCGAGGCAUUGCAACAACAGUGCAUCGUGUUUAGACGGAAACCAUUGAGGAAGGCGUUCAAAGAAGCGUUCAUUGAUGGCGUUGGACCGUACAAGUUUGUGCGUCAGGUGGGAGAGGACCGUCCAGAUCGUCCGCAGCACGCACACAAGCGACGGCGCGUGCAAACACACGCACACUAUAACAACGAUGACACCUUCCGGCCCGAGGAGUGCUCCGACCGCAGCGACGAUGAGGACAAUUGACGGCUUAUUUUUUUUUAUUAUUAAAAUUCAUUGUACUAUA